UCUCUUUCACCGUAGAUAGAUGACCCGGAUGUUCGAUCAACGACCCCCCCCAACCAACCGUGGCUCAUUUCCCCGGUGAUUUUCGUCUGAUUUGGGGCUUUUUCGCAUCUUGUCGUCGUAAAGUGAAUUGCAUUUAUCAUAUUUAGAAGGUGAAGUAACGAACAACAGAAAUAAUUUGCCACCAUGUUCCUCACCCUCACCCUGCUGCGGAAAGGCAUUCCUGGGAAGCAGUGGAUCGGAAAGUAUCGGCGCCCACGACAGAUUACGUGGCAGAUGACACGCAAUACGCUGAAGCAUCUGGAGCGUGAGGCUGAGAACGAAUACUGGAUCAGCCGGCCAUACAUGACUCCGGAGCAGGAGUACUGCCACGCCGCAGAGCGCAGAGCCCAGAACUGGCUGAAGAUCAAGGAGGCCAAAUUCGCCAAUUUUCCUGAACACAAGCACAUCACAGAUCACUUGAGUCAUCUGAAAAUCACUAAGACAUGGUCAAGUUAAUGUGAGCAGAGACAUUACCAAAUACUAUCUUCAUAAUGUGACAAUAUCACAUGUUUGUAUGAAAGAAAGUUUGGUUUCUUUAUGUGUAUUUAUAGGAGCAGGAGUUUGUAUGUCAACUGAAAAGCUACCGUGAAAAGUUCAAAUGCAGCUCAUUGGAUAAAAACUGCUUAACAUUCUACACCUGAUCUGUGACACCUUACUUUCGCUCGCCUUAACAAAAUACGCUUUCAAGUUGAGAAAACCAGGCAUCCCUCCAUUCAUAAAAACUCUAUAAGUAGAUGAACUGCUGAAGUGUGUUCCAUGAGGAGUAGUCAGGAGAGGUUGGGGCAAAAUUGUCAUUUUAUGAAAUGUUAAUUUUACUCUAAUAUGCAUUCUGCUGUUUUACAUUUAAUGUAUUGAAGCGUUGCGACUGUCACGAAGCCCACGUGUAGCUGAAAUUGGAGUGUUCAAUUCCUUUUGAACCUUUGAAGUUAGAAAAACCAGGAAGGAAUACAAUUUCAAGGUUUAUGGAAAUGCUCUCACUUCAUUAAUAGAUUCUCAUAAAAUGUAAGUCCUUUGUAUGGGGAGCACUGUGAUUCUCUUAAAUCUUAGUAAUUUGCUUCUGCUGAUAUUUUAAUACCUGUUAGUCAGUGGCUAUUAGAUCAUUGUGCAGGAAUUUGACCCUCAAUUAAACCUCACUUUACAUCUGCAAUC